GCAAACGGCUGGAUCAAGCCGCAGAAGGCUUCCUGCUCAUGUGCAAGAUCUUCGACAAUUUCAAUAUCAUGAUCACACAGCUGUGGGGCUCGUCGAUGGCGGAAGCGUUUGCUCAGGCAAUCACCAUGCAUAUGAUGAAGAUCCUGGAUCCAGCGACCGUGCUGACGGAAGAUGGCAAAUCUUCCAGGCAGUUAUGUGAGACUGACACUGCGUCAGAAUUCCCCUACGAAGUCUAUGCUGCUAGGCUGCAGAAGGGCAGAAUCGAAAUCCUGCCAUUCAAUAUUUCUCGACAACAUGAGGUGUUGCUGGACAUUUGCAAGAUGCAGCUCACCAGUGCCAAAGUGGAUGGCCCCUGGCAUCGGGCUUGGAUUGAGACUUUGCGUGCCAUCGCCACAUUGUUGCUGUGCGAGCGCAUCAUACUGAUGGGUUGGUGGGGCUUCAAGGAUGCUGGAGAUGAGCUCCUGGAGGGCAUUCGCCUUUUCAGGUUGGGAGACUAUCGAAGUGCCUUGCGCACACUCUGCCAGCUCCAUAGCUCUGAAGUUGCAACCGCUGUCGAGGCGCUUCGAUGGAGUGCGCAGGCAAAUGCCAAGCUGGGAGCGCAUGAUGUGGCGGAAGCUCAGCUCCAACAAGCUUUGGCACUGACGAAGGACUUGCCGAAUGAAGAGAAGUCAAAGGCGCAAGCAUCUAUUCAGCUGCGACUUGCAGCGUGCGAGCAACGCAGGGGUCAGUACCAACAAGCGGAACAGCUUCAGCGAGCAGCUAUUGCCAGCUUGGACCGUGCGGCUUCCGACUCCCAAAGCAGGAGUAUGACAUUGGCAUCUGCGUGGAACAACUUGGGCAUCACGCUGAUGAAUCUCGAUGACAUUCAUGGAGCGCGUGAAGCAUUUGAGCAAGCCCUGGCAUUGCGACGAACCCUCGGUGACGCUGAGGGCUACUGCCUGGCCGCCACCAAUCUCCUUGCCUUGAGCAGUGGGUUGGAUGGAACAGGGGAGGCCAAAGAGUUUGCCGAGAAGUUGAUGAGCCACCUACAGACUGCUCGACAGAUGAGUGCUUCCGCGCACGUCUUGAAGACACUUCAGGUGAAUCUUGCCAACUCCCUGGAAGCUGCCCAGGCCUGGCAGCCAGCUGCCAAAGCUCGCCGAGAGCUGUUUGGUUUGGCUGUUCCAGAGGAGGAGCUUUGGUCCAAAUGCCUCACCUGCCAGAAUCCAUCGCGCCUUCGCUGCAGUCGAUGUCGUCAGGCGUUCUUCUGCAGCGAAGAUUGUCAGCGCAAGGCGUGGCCGGUGCACAAACAUGAGUGUCGACCCCGCGACGAAGCAAACUUGCAGGCAAAGGCAACUCAGGACUGCCCAAUAUGCCUUGAAGCCAUGGUCCUCAACCGUAGCACGGCUUCGGCGCCAGUGUCGAUACUGGAAUGCUUGCAUGUCGUGCACACGGCAUGCUGGCAGCAGCUCAUUGAGGCACGAGGAGAGGGCUUGUGCCCUGUAUGCCGUGAUCCACUGGCCAUGAGCCGGUGA